ACCAGAACUCAAUGAUUGAACGAACAAAUUAAAGUCAAUCAGUCCAAACAUUGCAUUUGGCUGAUGGAGGAAUCACGCUUUCAAGCUUUCUGAGAUGACAAUGCUUGUUUGACGCUUCAGAGUUGUAGGUCCAUUGGUCCAUGCCGCAUUGAGCUGUGAUUUGUCAUUCUUUGUCCCGUCACGCAGCUCGAAUCCAGCUUGGAGGACCCCAGCGCAGCCAAACGAGGCAAAAGAGCACAGGAGCUUUUGAGGGAUGCAGAACGCGUGUACGACCCAAAACAAGAGCGGCAGUGGGAGAAGAAAUACAAAUUCUUCAGUGAGAUAAAGAUGAAGGCUGCCUAUCGAACAUUCGCUCGAGCCAGGCAUGAUCCCUUCAACAAAGAUCCGGCGUGGGGCAAGUCAGUGCUGUCCCAGUUUGCGAACUAUUGCACAACGAACGGGGUCAAAUUUGAGGACAUCUUCCACCACAUAGACAUCAAUGGCGACCAUUCACUGAGCCGACCUGAGAUCAAGCAUGCGCUUCACAGGGUAUUGCCCAGCCUUUCUGACUCUGAAGUCAUUACGAUCUUCGAUGUCAUUGAUGAAGAUCGUAGUGGAGCAGUGAGUGUCCAGGAGUUCAUUUCUGCAAUGGAUUCUGGGAGGUCUGCCAAAUUUACCAAAGAAUCAAUUGGGAGGCAUCGCAACCCGACGCAUCGUAUGAAGCGCUUUCCACCUGCCUGUCCAGAUGGCUGGGAACACUUGAAAGAUGCUGAUACAGUGCAGGGAACACGGUACGAAAGAGUCGGGACGGGCAGAAGCUUCUUGGACAUGUGCGAACAGGAGACUUCUGAUUGCUUGGAAAGACUUUCCAACACGCUUAUCAACACUCCCAGAGCUCUGCGGCACCAUGCACACACUCCUAGGUAUCACUACUUCGGGGGUGGUGCCGAUACUGAUCGUUUUCAUAAGCAUGCAAAGCUGGGAAUGCAUGGAACGCCCGCCAGUCCUCGAGAGGUUGAACUGCCUGACCCAGGAGGCCCUGAGUUGCGGCCAGGGUAUUUGUGUGACGUAAAAGCAUCUAGAUGGCUGAGGCCACAUACGCGUGGGUGAGAAGUGCAGAAGAUUUGCAUUCUAUUGGUGUUUCCUACCCACAAAUGUGGACUGGACACAAAAAGCUGUACAGGAGGCCAAAGCAGAUGUAAGAAGCAUUUGCUGGAAAGGGAACUGUUGUGCUUGGUGCCAACUUGUUGCCUAAAAA